AUGGAGGAGGAGCUGCAGCUGCAGGUGGAGGUGCAGGUGGAGGUGGAGGUGCCCUGCUACUUCCUGUGCCCCAUCUCGCUGGCCAUCAUGCGGGACCCCGUCACGCUCCCCACCGGCAUCACCUACGACCGCGACGGCAUCGAGAGCUGGCUCCUCACCGCCGCCACCUGCCCGCUCACCAAGCAGCCCGUGCCGGCGGACUGCGACCCCACGCCCAACCACACGCUGCGCCGCCUCAUCCAGUCCUGGUGCGCGCUCCACGCCGCCGACGGCGUCGACCGCGUCCACACGCCCAAGCCCCGCACCGACCGCGCCGCCGUCGCAACGCUGGUCUCGCGGGUCCACGCCGCUGCCACCACCGGUUCAUCGGCGCCGCAGCCGCAGCAGCAGCUCCUCGCCGCGCUGCGCGAGCUCAGGGACGUGGCGGCCGAGAGCGACCGCAACCGGAAGCUCGUCGCCGCCGUCCCCGGCGCGGUGGAGGUCCUGGCCGCGGUGUUCGAGGCGUCCGCCAACGCCAAGUCAGAAGGCACAGCCGCCGCCGUCCGCGACGAGGCGCUCGAGGUCAUCUCCUCGCUCCAGGUCCCGGAGCAGUGCCUGCGCCGCGUCGCCGAGACGAACGACGCGCUGGUCUCCGCGCUCGUCUCCGCGCUGCAGCUGUCCAGCGCCGCGUCCAGGGCGCGCGCGGCGCUGCUCCUGGAGCGCGUCACGGCCGCCCUGCCGCCCAGCAGGCUGGUGUCCCUCCCGGAGCUGGCGUUCAGGGAGGCCGUGGAGCUGCUCCGCGACAGGCCGGCCGUCUCCAGGUCCGCGACCAAGGCGGCGCUGCACGUGCUCGUGCGCACGGCGGCGUGGGGCCGCAACCGCGUCAAGGCGGUGGACGCCGGCGCGGUUCCCGUGCUCGUCGACAUGCUCUUCGACGACGGGGCGGAGCGCCGCGCGUGCGAGCUCGUCCUCGCAGCGCUGGAGCGCCUGUGCGGGUGCGCGGAGGGGCGCGCCGACCUGGUGGCGCACGCCGCAGGGGUGGCGGCCGUGGGCAGGAAGGCGCUGAGGGUGUCGGAGGUGGCCACGGACAAGGCGGUGAGGGUGCUGCGGUCCGUGGCGAGGCACGCGGCCACGGCGGCGGUGGUGCAGGAGAUGGCGCAGGCCGGCGUCGUGGCGACGCUGUGCUUGGUGGCGCAUUCGGAGCAGUACGCCGAGAGGACGAGGGAGCGGGCGCGCGAGACGCUCCGGCUGCAUGCGAGGGCGUGGCGGACCUCGCCGUGCUUGCAUCACCACCUCCAGGUCGUGUACCCUUGCUAG